AUGUCUCCUACCAAGGUUCGUGGAAUGCUUAACAACAUUAAGUCGACUCAAAACAGCGGCAAUGAUUCGUCUCCAUUCCAGCCCUCGCCCGCCGACUCGGUGGCAUCGCCGCGAGUGUUUUGGCAAAACCGCAAUUCGGAGAACAUGUACGGCAACGGCUCGCCCUCUCCGACCCGGCGCUCAUCGAUCGAGCGUCUCCAGAAAGCUUCCCGCGUCAAGAAUAGCAACAUCAAGGCUCUCGAGCAGAAGCAGGAAUAUGACCCAACCCGAGUUCCUCAGAUCGAGAGACCUCUAGCCAAGGUCCAGAGCACAUACGGUUUGCCGGUAGGCUCCCCCGGCCCUUACUACGCUGAUGGCGACAAGUCCAUUGCUGUGCCCGCGCCCAUGAGUCCAACAAAGUCAGAUAAUUCUGGUCCCAGUACGCCCAGAGGGCCCAGCAAAGACCAGGCUUCACCCACCAAAUCGUCACUUUCGCCAUCCAAAUUCAAGAGCAGCUUCGACCAUGAGACGGGCAUGUGGUCUGCAGAUGUAUCUGCCGUGGACGGCUCUCCCAGCGGCCGCCCCUCGCAUCGGCACACGAAGAGCGUGACCUUCGACGCUGCGCCGCCCCAGAUCAACGAGUACGAGAUGGCCACUCCGGAUCUCUCUUCUAUCGGAACGAAUUCGCGCGAGGGCAGCUAUGACUCCAUGGAUGAGGACGAGGAGGAAGACGAGGAUCUUCUCUACGAUCCCAAUCACAUGGGCGGCCACGAUGAUGAGAGUUUCGAUGCAUCUCUCGAGGAUACAGACAAGACCCCAGUCGUCGGCCCCGAUGAUUGGGCCAGAGACAACUCUUUGAUGAACAACGAGCAUGACGAGUAUGAUGGAAGCCUGCCUGAAGGGGGUCUGGCAGGAACCAGUUCGGGGCGUCUGUCCAUCGGGUCCGUUGCAGAAAAUCGCCCUCUUCCCCCUCUUCCAGGAAGUCAUGUCAGAAGCCAGUCUACCGGCUCUGUGCCCUCGUCUCCUGCGCUCUCUCAGGACCCGGAGAAGAUGGGUGGUUCUCAUAGAAGCUUACCUGUUCCACCUCCAGCCUCAGCCACAAAGUCCGAUAUCGAAGACUUCAUCAGCGGCAAGAUGUCACUUGAGGAAAGACUGAAGCUCAUGAUGAUGUCUGAUGACAGCAGCGGUAAGACCGCUGCCGAACAACAGCGCGAGCGACGUCUUCGCCGAAGUUCUGGUCGCAGUCGCAGCUCACUGUCCCGUGACGACACACUCAACACGGCUGACGGCCACGAUAGCCAAAUCGCCCUCGACAUCCACAAAGACGAAGAGGGCGAGGUCCAUGAAGAGGAAGACAAUCUUGGCGACAUGUCUGGACUGGGAGACUAUCAGCUGCCACAGCCCAUCUCUAGGGAGUCCAUCAUGAAGCGUGUCAACGGGAGCAAGAUAUUGUCGGAUCCCGAAUCAGAGUACAACUUUUCUUCGCCGCCGGGGAGCCCCCUUCGAGACCAGCACUUUCCUCUUGACCCCGAUGUUCCCAUUCCGUCAACUGAAGACUCUCUGCUGGAUGACGAGGACAAUGAGGACGAUGAAGACGACGACCGUUCUUAUGAUGAUGAUGAAGGCGACGGCCCGUAUGAUGAGGAUGAUCCCGUGGAGAGCAGCGUGAUUAUUCAUCGGGUUAUCCAUGAAGACGAUUCCGAGCUCGACUACGAUUCCGAAUACGAUGACGAAUAUGACGACGAGUCUCACUUCGAAUCUGACGAUGACUUGGAUGCUUCGGGCUCUCAUUAUGGGGGUGAUGACAGCCAAUAUACGGAGUCUGGGCUUAAGACUGAGCCCACUGAGAACACCGUGGAGGACCCAGCCAAGGAGCCUACCGAGGAACCCGCCGAGGAACCCGCCAAGGAGUUUGUCAAGGAGCUUGUCAAGGAGCUCGUCGCCGAAGCCGACAAGGAACCUGCCAAGGAACCUGCCAAGGAGUCUGUGGAAGAAUUAUCGCCUCCGGAACAUGAUGUUAGCGAAGAGGCGCUGACUCCCCGUGCCGUCUCUCCGGCGGGAACUGAAGACGAAACACACACCGAGGCUGAAUCUAGUAUGGUCAGCGAAUCGGCACUCUCGGUUUCUGAUCUAUCAUCGGACGCCACUCCCGAAGCUACAUUGGAGAUAUCUUCGUUUGACCCUUCUAUGCUUGAGGGCUCUGAGCUUGAACCAGCCGCUCUUGAAUUUAAUCGCGAAGUACCAGAGGCAACGGACUCGGAGGGAGAGCACGACGUAUCACCAAAAGUAUCAAACGAAAUCCUCCGAAACAAGACUCCAGAGAAGCUGGUCCCCAAACCUGAAUACGACGGUACCGGCUGGGGCGACGAUUCAUACGCAGACAGAUCGGAAGAUAGAUCGGAAACUCCCGACUCUGUCAUCCAUAACCCCGUCUCUGACGAAGAGGAGAUUGUCCGCAAAGAAUCCCCCGAGAUUCCCGAACGGCUCGCAACGAUCAAGGCCUCCGGUUCCAAGCUGAAGACGAGGAUUUCCAACACGCCUUCGGAUAUCGUGGCUAUGCGGGAGGCUCGUAGGCACGUCAGUGGUGAAAUACCUAGUGUGCCAUCGAUCCCAAGCAAGCAUCGUGCGCUCAUGUCAAGAGAUGGUAACGAUGCCGAACUGAGCAAUGACAGUUUCCUGGCUCGGCAUCCAAGCUUUAAGAACAAGAGCCUGACAUUGGACCUGGACAUGGGCCUCAGCUUGGAUAAAGACUUUGAACGAGUCAUUGAAACGCAAAAGGUAGCUUUUAGUCGCCCCUAUUCUCACACAACACAGAUGACCACCAACCACAACCACUCUUCGCCUCGACAAGUGUCAGGGAAGCAGCACACUUCACCAGAUAAGAAUCAACUCGAUGCUAAUAUUACAUCUCGUUCUCAGCGCGGAUACCUCAUGCGACAAAACACCAAACUCGUGUCUGCCAGCGACAAGGAUGCCGAGGAUUCUUGGAAAGCACGAUCUGCUAACAAUUCACCCAUCAAGUCGAAUCGGCCGCAGUCGUGGACAGUGGAGCCCUGGAACAGCCAAACUCGUCGCAGUAUUCGAAAGGGCCAGCCGAUAUUAAGCCCCGUUCCGCCACUGCCGGGCCAGGAGAGCAAUUCGACCACUCUGAACAAGGUUGUUGAAGAAGAAUACAGUGUUGAUGCGGCCGGCCCAGACGCGGGUGAGAGAGGCCGCCUGUUUGUCAAGGUCAUUGGUGUCAAGGACCUUGACCUACCAAUUCCAAAGAAUGAGCGCAGCUGGUUCAGCCUCACUCUAGACAACGGUGUUCACUGUGUGACGACAGCUUGGCUGGAGCUGGCUCGCAAUGCACCCAUUGGACAAGAAUUCGAACUUGUCGUGCCCAACGACCUCGAGUUCCAGCUCACGCUGAAUGUCAAGCUGGAGAAGCCGACGUACUCCCAUGUCCAGCCUGCGGCAGUCAAGAUGACAAAACCCAAGACAUCCACAUUCAGCAGGGUGUUUGCAUCACCCAAGAAGCGAAAGGAGCUUGAGCUUCGACAAAGGGCAGAAGAAGAGCGCUUUGCGCUGCAGCAAAAGGAAGCGCUGGCACAAAAGCGUAAGGAUGCCGGCUCGGCCUAUGAGCUCCUCUCACCGCUGGCUGCUGAAGAUGGAAGCUUUGCUCGAGCUUACAUCUCCCUGAAGGAGCACGAAACCCGAUGCUUCGGCCGCCCGUACACCGUCGAAGUGGUCUGCUUCAACGAGUGGGCCACCGAGGAAGAGAGUUUUGCGUCCACCAUCAAGAGCAAACGAGGCAACGCUGCUGGCAUUCUCAGAAAGGCGCCGUACAACAUCGGGAAGCUGGAGCUUCAGCUUCUCUUUGUACCGCGCCCCAAGAACGUUACGGAUGAUGACAUGCCCAAGAGCAUGAACUCAUGCAUUCGGGAGCUCAAGGCCGCCGAAGAGAGGCUUGCCCGUAACUGGGAGGGUGUUCUGAGCCAGCAGGGUGGUGACUGUCCUUACUGGCGCCGCCGAUACUUUAAGCUUGUUGGCACAAAGCUGACUGCAUACCACGAGGCUACUCGCCAGCCCCGAGCGACGAUAAAUCUUUCCAAUGCCAAACGGUUAAUUGACGAUCGUCGAACAUUGAUGGAGAAGGAGACGACGGGCAAGGGAGGCAAACGCCGCAGGUCCGCCUUUGCAGAAGAAGAAGAGGGGUACAUGUUUGUUGAGGAGGGUUUCCGCAUCCGGUUCAACAAUGGCGAGGUGAUUGAUUUCUACGCCGACUCUGCCGAGGACAAGGAAGGCUGGAUGAAGGCCCUUUCCGACGUCAUUGGCCGUGGUGAUACCGGAUUGGAAGAGGAUGCCAGCGGGCCCCGGUCGCGGGCCAAGUGGUGCGAGCUUGUCUUCAAGCACGAGGAGCAGAUUCGACGCCGAACGGACAGUCGGAGAGUGCACUCACGGACAAGGAGCACGUUCAACUAA